AGUGACUGAGAGCACGUACAGAGCUGGCGUGGUCAUUUAUUUCUUACACAGCUUCCCACUACAAGUAUGGAAUCCUAAAUGGUGCCAUUAGAAAGUACAACCUGUCCUGCAAAAAUGUUGUUUACACAGACCUCCAGAUCCCAUCGUGUCCAACUGAGGGGAUGCUUCUCUGAUGCCUAACGAUGGAUGAUGAAGAAAAUCAGGACCAACUGAUCAACAGGAACACCUCCCAGGGGAAAAGCCGGCGACAAGGGCCAUUCCUAGCCAGUGAUGAUGAAAAUGUGGAGGAAUCUGGUGGAUCAAGGAGUGAAGAAGAGGAUGAUAUGGAUGAAGAAGAUGGUGAGGAGGAAGACGGGUCUGAUUCAGAAGAAGACGAUGAAGAUGAAGAUGAAGAGGACCUUCCAGUUGGAAGCUCAGACCCCACUCUCUCUGCUGCAGAUUUAAAUGAAGCUAUGAGCUCUGAUGAGGAAAGAGAGAACUGUCCCAUAUGUCUGAAUGGCUUUAGAGACCAGGUUGUGGGGACGCCGGAAAACUGCAACCAUUAUUUCUGUCUGGAAUGCAUUGUCGAGUGGUCAAAGAAUGCCAACUCGUGCCCUGUGGACAGAAUUACCUUUUCAUGCAUUCAUAUCAGGGCCCAUUAUGGAGGCGAGAUCCUUAAAAAGGUCCCAAUACUAAGUAAAGCAGAUGAGAAUUUGUUGGAAGAAGAGGACCCUACAAAUUGUGAAGUUUGUGGGCGCAGUGACCGAGAGGAUCGGCUGCUGCUGUGUGAUGGCUGUGAUGCCGGGUACCACAUGGAAUGUCUGACGCCUCCCCUCAACGCCAUUCCUGUGGAUGAAUGGUUCUGCCCAGAAUGUGCUGCUACGAAUCAGCCUGAUGAAGACGCAGUUAGUGAGGAAGAAGUCUCAAGCCUGCUGGCAGAUGUAGUUCCCACCACAAGCCGUCUGAGGACCAAUGCGGUGAGGACUCGUGCCAUUGCCCGCACCAGGCAAAGCGAGAGGGUGAGAGCCAGUGUCAACAGGAUCCGUACCACAGCACGUCAUAGCCAGAAUGUUCCAAGGUAUUUAUUGUCCUCUCUUCUUGAUGAAACCAUUGAGGCAGUUGUAGCCGGACUCAAUACUGCUGUCUACCAACGAAAUCUGACUCCCCGUACCACCACCACAAGACGGAAAAGAAGAACUGGAAAAAAAACAGGCGAGUCAAAGGCGUCCAAAGGAAGCCAUGGGGUACGAAAAAGGCGGAAACGACGGUUUAAAAGGCGAAAAGGACGAAAGCCGAUGAGUCGCAAAGUUCCAACUUCCCACAGGCGCAUUGCAAGGUCUUUGGGUAUGUGCAGUCCGCAGCGGGGAUCUGCAUUACCUCGCAUGCAGAGGGCACAAGAACAAACAUUAGGCUCCAUGAGACAUGACAUUGGUGCUGCCACCCUCUCUGUGUUUGGCAGUGCACAUGACCUAGAUCCAUUUGACAGUAAUGAUGAUCAGAUCAGUAAUCUCUCAUCUCCACUGACUGCUAAGCGGAGGGUCCUCUCUCGCUCUGCCUUGAGGUCACAUCAACCAGUUGCAAGGCCCAUCUCUGUUGGACUUUCACGAGGCAGAGCACCCCCCUUAGCUUCUGAUUCAGUUGCAGAACCUGUGCCGGAUCUCCUGGGAAGUAUCCUCUCUGGGCAGAGCAUGCUCAUGAUGAAGAGUUCUGAUAUUGUGAUCAGUCGAGAUGGAUCUUUGACAGCCAAGAAAUCUGGUGAAAUUUCAUCACAGAACUCUAGGGAAGAAAUAACACCAGCUGGCCUAAAGGAACCAAGCCCAUCUCACUCAGGGUCCCCAACAAUCUCCUCCUCACCGAAUACAUGGAAACCUGUUGUACAGCAACCACAUCUCAUUUUUCCUUCAUCUGAUCUAUACUCCCUGUCCCCUUCACCUUCGCCACCUCCUGCAUCAUCCUCUUCUAUAAGCAUGGAUAGAUUAUCUGUGCCCGACUCUUUAAUGCUUGGGAUUUCUCCUUUCCGAUUGAAGAAUGCUUUUACCCCACGGGUUGUCCAAGUGCAGUCUGCUGGACGUCUAACAUCAAAGGGAGCUGACCCGCUUCGUAUGAAUGGAACACUUCGCAAUCCAGAGUCAGCCAACUUAAAUGAUCCAAUCCCUCCAAAACCACCAGAGGUCAAGCAUCCGAUCAGGCCAUGUGCUAAAAGACUGGACAUUUCUGAAUUUCCUCGGAUACCAAAGAUCAAAAAGGAGACCAACAUCAGUCCCAAUAGUGAAGGCAGAAAACGUUUGGAGUCCUCUGCCAGCAGCAGUGCAAAUGCUAGCCUUCCAAGGCCUCUUGUAAACCAGCUAACUGGACGAGGUGAGAGUAAGCAGUUAGGCAGGUUUCCUACAUCAGAAAAUACAGAAAAAAGCACUCGCCAAGAAUCUCAAACACCUUCAAGACCCUGUGGUGGAAUUUCAUCUAGUCAUACAGCCUCAAGCAACAGUAAAGCACCUCUUUCGAACUCAUCGAGGAAUGCGGGUUCCUCAGAUUCAGGAGGAGGGCUUAGAAUAACAAUAAGUGGCAGUUCAAGUAAUUCUUGUAGACAAUUCAGUCCUAGUGCUAAAGACCCUUUCCGCACAUCAGAAGGAAAAACGCAACAAAGGGCUACACCGCUUUACCCUUCAAAUAUCAAACAAGAAAAAACUAUUAAAAAUGAAAUUUAUGAUCCUUUUGAGCCAACAGGUUCAGAUUCAGGGUCGCAAAAUAGCAGUCCAGAAAGGCCUGCCACACCCCCGAUACCCUCCACAUCCACUGAGAACACUGCUACAGCUCCAUCUACUGGUGUGAAAGUGGGAGCAUUUCGGAGCUUUAAGUUCACCACCCACUCUAGUAGAGUUGGUAUAUCUAAACUUGGGCCUGACUUUUCUGGGCAGUCACCCACCAACAAAGAGUCACAAGAAAGGAGAAGUCCAGAAAAUGUAAGCUCAGAGUCUCCCCCUACACUUAAAAUGGAUAAUGAGAUUAAAAAGGAAAUUAAGGAAGAAAUAACUGAACAUAUUCCUUUUAGAAUAACCUGUCCAUUGUCUGGACUAAAAAUUACAUCUGAUCUCACGGCAGGUGGUACUCGCGGCUUCCAUUUUGAUGUAGAAGAUCAGCCUAAAAUUUCUAUUAAAACUGAGCCAGAUGUACUUCCAAACAGAACUUUUCACCAUAGUACUGCAGGUGGUAGAGUGGUGUGGGAGGAAGAGGAACCCUUGGAGUCCUGCUCUUUAUCCAUUAGUCAUAGCAUAGAACUACAGAAAAAGAAAAUCACAGUUAAGGAGGAACCAAAGCCAUGCUCAAGGUCGAGAUCUAGAACAAGGUCCCGAGAACAAGAGCCAAGAUCUGCAUCUUGGUCUGCAGAAGAAAAAGAGAGAAAACUCAAAUCAAAGUCACAUAAGGUAAAGCGAUCACGUAGUGACAGGUCAAGCUCUGGAAGCUGUGAACGUUCCAAGAAGAAGCGUCAAAAAGAGAAAAAGAAAGAAAAGAAAAAGAAGAACUACGAGUCUAGAGAAAGAAGAAGGUCCAGAUCUAGCAGUCGGAGUAGCUCGUCCCACAGGAUUUGUAACAUUAAGAAGAAAAAGAAGAAGAAGCGUGAUUCGAGGAGUGAAUCUGCCAGUCGUCGAUCUGUUAGUCCUGAAAAAGAAAAAAAGAGGAAGCACAAAAGUGACAAGAGCUAUUCCAACAAAGAAAGCACUUCUAAAGUGAAAGAGAAGAAGAAGUCCAAGGAAGACCGGGAAAAGCAAAAAACAAGGUCACAACCAUUGACUAAGGAGAUUAAAACUCACAAGUCAAGGGACAAAUCUCCCACGUUUCAAGACCAAGAGAUAACUAGACACAUUGUCUUGUCCCCAAAUGACAAUGAAACAACUAUAAUGUGUACAGUUAGCUUUAAAUCUGAGUCCCCCACAAUUGUUCAAGAGACAAAAAGGUCCAUGCUUCUUAUACCCAAAGAAGAAGUCCAUGAAAGACAUGCAUUCCAGUACUUGGAAAGUAACAUUUCCAUUGAAGAGGAAAAAGAUGUUGAGCUAUCUGAUUGUGAUGAGGAAGUUAAGAUGGAACCCGAAAGCCCACCCUGGUCUCCAUCUCUUUUGGAUUCCUUGGUUCCUGAAAACAAUAAUGAAGACAUCCCAGAACCCCCUUCUCCAAAGGAAUCUUCUCCUUUAAACGACUUGCUAGCUACAUCUGUGGUUAGUCCCCAAGCUUCAUUGUUGUCUACUGGCACAGAGCCUGCUAGUCCAAAGUCUCCUAGUCCACCGCCAUCUUGUGGGGAUCAUUCCUUGUCUACUGCUGUUCUAACUGUCAAUAAGGAGGAUGAUGAUCUUCAGUGGUCACCUUCCCACUUAGAUGAUUUUCUAUUAAAUGAACUUUCUGACGACGUGUGCUCGGUGGAGGCUGCCAGCCCAGAUGAUGUGGAUCUUGAAGAGGCUAUAAUGAUGAAGAGAGAAGGGGACUUUAAGGAGCCUGCUAUAAUAAACUUCUCUGAAAAGGCAGUCAUACCGUUUCUACAAGAUGAUGAAAAUUCAGGUGACGGAGCAGCUGGAAACCACAUUGAUGAAAAGACCACAAAUAACGGGAACACCACUGUGGAAGACAUCAAGUCUGAUGACCUUGAGGAAGCAGCUUCAUCGUCUAUCUCAAAAUCCAAACUUCAGAUAAAGAGAGUGACCUGGGACCUUCAGAAAGAUGCUGAUAAAAACGCCACCCCAGAAGAAUCUGGAUCUUCCCCCUUCAGCAAUUCUCAGUCAGAAACUUGGGCAGCCUCAACUGGGUUUACAGGCAGUCAAGUAACCAGCUACAAACCAGAUUCUUCAAGUGAAACUUCAAGCCCCCUUGCCUGGAACACCCCGGAUGUAUCUACUCAGGGAUCUUUGAUCCAGUCAGUAGGUCAGGUAUUAUGGAAUUCAGAAAACAGAACCCAGAAUAAUGUUAAAGCUGAAGACAAACCCAUAGCACAUUCUGUAAACACACUUGGAGCCAUAACUCGAGAAAGACAAGUUAAGGACUCCAGUCAGAUUCCUUGGAUUGCCACGGAUACGCCAGUUCAGGUGUUCCCACAGACCUUGCCUCUAUUACCACUUCCACCAAUCUUUCCCCCUUACGCCCCUGUGAGUGAGCCCACAGUUCCCUGUGUACUUCAGAGCAACAGAACCAUGCCCAGCCAGACACCAAAACCUGGCAGUCUGGCUACAGCAAAUGAACCCAAGAUGCAGGCAGCAAGCACAGGUGAAAAAAAAGGAAAAUCAAAACUAUCAAAAGCAGAAAAAGCAAAGAAUGAAGAGUACAUGAAGAAACUUCAUAUGCAGGAGAGAGCGGUGGAGGAGGUCAAACUGGCCAUAAAACCAUUUUACCAGAAGAGGGAAAUCACAAAGGAUGAAUACAAAGAGAUCCUGCGUAAAGCAGUGCAGAAGAUCUGCCACAGCAAGAGCGGGGAAAUCAACCCAGUUAAAGUGGUGAACUUGGUCAAAGGCUAUGUGGAUAAGUACAAACACAUCAGAAAUAAACAGAAGAAAUCCGGAAUAUUUGAGGAUUCUGACUUGGGCCGCGAUUCACCCAUAUAAGUUAUCAUGAGAAACUGCAGAGUACAUACUAAGUAGACAUCUUUCAUCGGAGGUCGUCUGGUCACACGCCCUCCUUCUCAGUCAAUGAUUUGUAGUAUACAGAGGAGAUGAUUUUCAUUAUUCAGGACAAAAAAAAUGUCUGAUUUAUUCUUCUAAACUCGUCUUGGAUUUUUUGUUUGCCAGUUUUGAACCAUAUUGCCAUAUACUGCGCACCGCUCUGCCAGCUUGCAUUUCACAGAGGUUCUCCCUAGAGACGUGGAAAAUACGGAAAGCAGAAGUAACACCAUGUCACAGAGACUUGGGAUUAUUGUUGACAUCUGUUGUUCUAUCCCUUUGUAGUUUGUGUUACUAAAGUAUACAUGAAAGAAUGAAUAGAUACAUUUGUAACAAACUCUCCUUUUUUUUUUCUUUUUCUGUGGGUACAUUUUUGAUUGGCAUGGAAGAGCGGUGAACAGCCAGCCUUUAAUAAUGAGAGCAAUGGAAGAAAAUGUUCUGGAAUAAAGAUUUGUCCUUUGACAAUGAAAUAUG